AUGGAGCCGAGCAAAGAAGCUCAAGCGGUGGACGAGCACAUGGACGCUGAGAAUAUGCCGGCAGCCAUCCAAGACCUCAAAAAGAAGGGAGGUGAAGUGGAAAAAGCCAAACAUGCCCCGGCAGUGCAAUCCAAGGCGGACUGGAGUGCUGUUCGAACAAAGCUUGAACAGCUCUGCGUCGGGAUCACCGCGUUUGCAUUCAAAGGACAGGGACGUGGAACCCAAAGGUGUGAUACCACCACAACCGACGACGAGGAUAGGGUUUUCUGGUCACAAAAACCAGGAGUUGAAAGCGGCCUCAUGGCAAUCUCCGGAAACGAAGCUGUAGUACCGGUAAAGAAUGACAAAGACACGCCAAUGAUACUCAAGGAGAAUGAAGAGGUUGGGCACUGGGGUAGCGAAAGAUGGAGAGAAAAGCUGAACGAUUUGAAUCCAUUGGUAAUCGCCCCAAACGCCCUGAAAGCUGUCUUGAAGCUCGCUUACGACACCUGCAUCGACUGGACAGACUUUCUUUGCAACACGGACGCAAUUACGAAACACGCCAAGAUCGAAGGGCAUUCUAUUGAGAGAUCUUACAAUGAAGCAUUACAAGCAUUCCGUCGAGAGAUUGAGGGACAGGCCACGAAGGAGCUACCCACCAAGUCUGGACCAGUUGGAUACGCCACUUUCGAGGGAGGAAGCCCCAUGGAAAGAGAUGGCACUCGAGGAAGAGUGGCAACAAAAGUAGCAACGACGUUCGCUAGACUGCUUGACGUGCUAGAAGAAUGGCGCUCAUACAAAGCCUGGGUAAUAGUGUGGCCAUUGGAUAGUAAUCCAGCCGAUGAUGUUCCGCAGAAGAUGAUGGUAGCGGCGAAGGAAUACCUUGAGGAGGGCGGAAAAAUAGUUACUGCAUGGCCACCGAUAACGUCGAAGAAUCAUGAUUUGUGGCGUGAACUAUCGGGACUAUGGAAGACUUUUGAUGAAACGCUGAUACAGUGCGACAAGGGGAGGCAAGUCUUCACAACCGCGAGCAACUUUGGAAUGAAAGGGAAGCUGUUUAUAGAGGCAGGAGCCCCGGAAGGAGGCGCGCAGUUCUUCAAUAGUUAUGUGGGAACCGCCAUGAAUAAGUAUAUCUACGAAUGUGUCAGAAGGCGAGCAGUGGAUGCUCAUCUGCCCGAACUGGACGUCUACAGACCACGUAUCAGGACAUCGAGGACGAUGUCUCCAAGCGGGGAGGGCAUGUCAGGCCCAUGGCCACUAAAGAGAAGGCCGAUGUAG